AUGUCCCUUCUCGACGUCGACAAACGUGGUUUGGUGACCUCCGACAAGCUUCGCUCCCACCCAGCUCUAGCGCCCCUCGCUAUUCGCUACGCGGAGACCGACAACAUGCCCCUCCGACGCAGUUCGCUUCUCGUGGCCUUUGUCGCCCUCGCCCCAUUCGUCGAUGUCACGGUUGGCCAGACCUUCCGACGUCUUGGCGCAUGCCCGACUCUAGGCUGCGUGUUCCCUCCCGACCAGACCGAGUUUCUGGCUGGUCAACUCUUCGAUAUUCGGCUCGAGACACACGCCCCUACUCGCGGCCGAGAGGCGACCAACGGUGUUCCUGACGAGAACUUCAAGUUAUGCAUCCAGAAGGGCAAAGGACGAUGCGAGGAUGUCACCAAGUUCUUCAAGAUCAAGGAUUCAGCAGUCGAGAAGUGGUCCUUCUCGUACUUUGAAGACCUCUUCGCACAAGAUGCUGGUGAGGAGACUCCAGUCAACGUUGCUGCGAAGGCUUAUCGAGCUCCUGGCGAAUACCGCGCUAUCCUAACCUACAACGGCGGAGUCCAGACUGUCGCCAACUGGAUCGUCCGUGAGCCUUCCAAGAAGCGUGUGGCCAAGAACGUCCUUCUCUUCGUUGGAGAUGGCAUGACACAAGCCAUGAUCACCGCUGCUCGUAUGAUUGCUCACAAGACCAUCAACGGAAAGUAUCAGUCCCUCAUGCAGAUGGAUCAGAUGGAAGCACUUGGAUUGCAAAUGACCCACUCCAUCGACUCUUUCAUCACGGACUCUGCCAACUCUGCAAGUGCCCUCUAUACCGGAAAGAAGUCCAGCGUCAACGCUCUGAAUGUCUACGGCGACAGUUCCGAAGAUCCCUUCGACGAUCCCAAGGUCGAGACUAUCGCGGAACUGUUUAAGCGUAGGAUCGGUGGACCGAUUGGUAUCGUUUCGACCGCGUACAUCGCUGAUGCCACCCCCGCUGCUCUCUGUGCCCACACCCGGAGCCGGAACGAAUAUCAAGCAGUCGUUGCCGAAUUCCUACACAACUCCUCGCUCAUCACUCCCCUCCUCGACUGGCCCACUGGCUGUCACGGAGCUGACGUCGUAUUUGGUGGAGGAGCUGAACAGUUCAUUGCUGGCCCCGGCUCGCCCAAUGGCACCGAUUACUAUCAGGCUUUCGCAGAUCAGGGAUACCAGGUUGUCCUCAACAACACUGCGUUGAAGGAUGCGGACAACAAGAAGAAGACUUUGGGUAUCUUCUCCACUGGUAACCUUGCUAAAUGGAUUGACCGUAAUGUCCUCCCCGACAACCUCAGGGGUCAGAAGAACAGCCCUACCGGCGACGAAUCCGAUGCCCUCGACCAGCCUGGCCUUAAGGACAUGACCCUCAAGGCCAUCGACAUCCUGCAGGCUCGAACCAAGCGCGACCAGGGCUGGUUCAUGAUGUCCGAAGCUGCCAGCAUCGACAAGAUGAUGCACGCCUUGGAUUAUGACCGUGCUUUGGGCGAGCUGUUGGAAUUGGACGACACCAUUCGUGCUUCGAUUGCUCAUUUGAAGAAGAUCGGUCAACUCAAGGAUACCUUGAUUGUCGUUACUGCCGAUCACGGCCACGGAUUCGAUGUCUUCGGAAGCACCGAUACCGAAUACUUGAGAGCUCAGACUGACGACAGCAAGAGGCGUGCUGCUGUUGGCGUCUACGAGCAGUCCGGUUUGCCCGAAUACACCGUUGCCCCAGGUUCCACUCCCGACAACCACACUAUCCUCUUUGGCGCUCAGGGGCCUAACUUCCCUGUUCAAUGGACUCCCCGGUACACCUUUGCUGCUGGUGCUGCCGCUCUUCCCGAUCACCGCGAGAACUACAGUUUGAACUUGAAUGGUCCUCGUAAUCCUACCGUCCGGAAGAGCCAGGGUGUAUAUGGUCCUAACCCCGAAGAUCGUCAAGGAGGCUUCGAAAUCCAUGGUAAUCUUCCUCACCACCAAUCCCAGGGUGUGCACUCCCUCCAAGACGUUCCUGUUUAUGCCACCGGUCCUGGAGCUGCUUCCUUCCGUGGUGUCUACAACAGCAUUGAUAUCUUCUUCAAGAUCGCUGACGCGCUUGGAUUGGGUAGGACUAAGGAAUGA